AAGGAUCCGGCAGAAUGGGAUGACGGUGAAUCCUGCUGGUGUGCUGUGAAUGUGAAGCAGGACAGACUGGCAGUUCGUGUGCAGGAGAGAAAGCAAAGCGGUCCAGGGCCCCUGGAUUAGCAGAAUAAGGAAAGGAAAGGAGAGAAAGAAAACAUAGCUGACAAAAUUAGGCAUAUCUCUCCAGCACAAUUUCAAGGGGUAAAGCUUGCCUGCCUGGACUUUAAGGAGGUACCCACACGGACACAGAGACAUCCUCCAGGAUUGGUAACAGCACUGUCCAGCCUUGCUCUUGCUGAGGAAGUUUCCCCACAGCACUGCAACGAUGAAUUUCCUCCGGCGGCGUCUCUCAGACAGUAGUUUUGUGGCAAAUCUGCCCAAUGGCUACAUGAUGGACUUGCAGCGCCCCGACAGCUCCACCAGCUCCCCGGUUUCUCCUGCCACGGAGAGAAAGCACCUGCAGCCACCUCAACCCUCGCACUCUUCCUCUCCCAGCAGCAGCAUCUUCAGUUCCAUCUCCAGUGCCAUGAAGCAAACCACGCAAGCGGCUGCAGGACUGAUCGAUCACUCGGCCGGCCCCGCGCCCCCCGUGGCACAGAAACCCAAAAUCCUCCUGGUGAUCGAUGAUGCACACACAGACUGGGCCAAAUAUUUCCAGGGGAAGAAGGUGAAUGGAGAAUUUGAUAUCCGAGUGGAACAGGCCGAGUUCUCCGAGUUGAACCUGGCUGCUUACGUCAUGGGUGGCUGCAUGGUGGACAUGCAGGUCAUGAGGAACGGCACCAAGGUGGUCAGGUCCUUCAAGCCAGAUUUUGUCCUCAUCCGCCAGCACGCCUACAGCAUGGCACUGGGGGAAGACUUCCGCAGCCUCAUCAUCGGCCUCCAGUACGGUGGCAUUCACACGGUCAACUCCCUCUACUCCAUCUACAACUUCUGCAGCAAGCCCUGGGUGUUCUCUCAGCUCAUUAAAAUCUUCAACUCGCUGGGCCCUGAGAAGUUCCCCCUGGUGGAGCAAACAUUCUUCCCAAGCCAUAAGCAGAUGCUCACAACUCCAAAUUUUCCUGUAGUGGUCAAGCUGGGACAUGCUCAUUCUGGAAUGGGGAAGGUCAAAGUCGAGAACCAGCACGACUUCCGGGACAUGGCCAGCAUAGUAGCCAUGGCAAAAACCUAUGCCACCACCGAGCCAUUCAUUGACUCCAAAUAUGACAUCCGAAUCCAGAAAAUUGGCAGCAACUACAAGGCUUACAUGAGAACUUCCAUCUCUGGAAACUGGAAGGCAAACACAGGUUCUGCGAUGCUAGAACAGAUUGCAAUGACAGAGAGGUACAGACUCUGGGCAGAUGCCUGUGCAGAAAUGUUUGGAGGUCUUGAUAUCUGCGCUGUAAAAGCUGUCCACAGCAAAGAUGGAAAAGACUAUAUCAUUGAGGUGAUGGACAGCUCAAUGCCCCUGAUUGGGGAGCACAUAGAAGAGGACAGACAACUUAUAGCUGAUCUUGUUGUUUCCAAAAUGACUCAGCUUGUCGUCACUGCUGGAUCUACACCAUCACCGCUGAGGCCUUGGCCUCCACAAGCUCAGCCUGUGUCAAUGAAAUCUCAGACUGGACCUGUGCUUGGACAACUGUCACAACCACGGCCUCCUCCACAAGGUGGACCGCGCCCGCCACAAGGAUCUCAGCCUCCACGAACAAACGCACCCCCACAGCAGCGGCUGUCUCCUCAAGGACAGCAGCCCCAGAGUCCCCAGUCCACUUCCCCUCAGCAGCAAAGGUCACCUGGAUCUCCACAGCAAGUCCGAUCAGCAACUGGCUCCUCUCCAGUCCAGGCCUCCAAGGCAGGCGCCUUCCCUCCACAGCAGCCGAGGCCUCCUGCCCAAGGCCGGGCUCCCAGCCAGCCAAGCCCCACAGAAAUGUCCAAGCAGCAAACCACCCCACACCCACACCUGAACAAAUCACAAUCCCUGACAAACAGCUUCAGCGUAUCUGACUCAACUCAGCGAGGAAAUGCCACUGAAGAUGAAGCAAAAGCUGAGACCAUCCGCAACCUGAGGAAAUCAUUUGCUAGCCUGUUUUCUGAUUAACAGUCCUGCAGCUGGAUUUGUGCUUUUGUCAGCCCUCACUCUACAUUAUGUCAUAUCUGAUGUCAUCCUGGAAUACACUCAAUGAACCCAGCGAUUUACAACUAACACCUGGGUAAAGGGAAUUUAGAAAACUAUAGUUGUUUUAAUACAAAGAAAAUAUUCUAAUAACGGUCUGAAAAGUGACUGUAUAAAAGUGUCACUAUUUCAUUGGGUUUUGUGCAUAAUAAGAAUCACAUCUGUUCAAAUGACUGAGCUGUAAAGCAAAUUUUACUCUCUUGCUAACCCCUGUGAAGUCAACACAGUUAUGACAGUGCAAACUGGGUUUCAUUUUGAUCUGUAUAUAGUCAAUUCAAUUGUUAACUUCCAAUUACUGAAUUCUUGUUAAGGUCAAGCUAAAAAAAUUAGGCUUCUUUCAGAAACACACGUGCAGAGUCAAGAAUAAGUAUCCAUUGACUGACAAAGUAAGCAUGCUUGAGCAUCCAGUGAACUGUGGAAUUUCAUUAUACUGACUUCAUAAAAGGUCAAUUUUCAGAGCAAAACUACGCUCAAGAUAAAUACAGUACCAGGCAUCAGUAAGCAACCAAAGAUCACACAAGCAGGUCAGCCAGAUGGACUGCUGCUUUGUUCCAGAUCACUCUGUUCAUAGCAGAUAAAACAUCUCUGUUUCAUGCCUUGCAUUUAUGUCCCCUGUGUGUGAUUCCCAAGUUCUGAGAGAAAAAUGUCAUGUUCUAACCCUGUAGCCUUAGUUCAAAAAUAACCUAAGAAAUGGGUCUUCCACACAAAAAAACAAUUUCUUCCCCUGCCCCUGAAAACACCAGGGUUCACAUACACAGUUCACACAAAUUCCAGACAAAAUCCAGCUAAGCUCCAAGCACUUUGGUGACUUGGUCACAUCUGGCUGUGUAUGUCCCUCAGGAACACGGUUAAUUAAUAGCAGAGCUGAUGAAGUGCACAUAGUUGUGUGCUGAGUGUUCCAUAAUACUGAAUGCACACAGAGAUGGAAUGAAAUCCUGUCUCCUGCCUUGAAUUCCCACAGACUUUGCUGGGGUGAAUGCAAAAUGAGUGGAAGGUGACAAACGUGCAACAGAACUGGAAAAUUAUACUUCUCAAACAAGAUGACCUGGGUCCUUCCUGAGACACCAAGCCACAGGAGGGCAUGUAUGGGAUUGUCCCAAGCAGGUAACCAUCAGUACUGUUUCUCCCUGACGACUCCCAACAAUUAUUCUUCCAGAGAAGACAGAGAUGGAUCUUUGCUGAUGUGCUUUCCCUCUAAGCCUGCAACACUGAAGGAAGCUGUGUCUGUGCACAUAUACUGGGACAUGACAAACCCCACACAAGCUGUGUUCAUGAUUGAAAAAGCUCACCCACCCUGGGUAAAUCCACAUAUUUAUAGCUAUUUAUACCAGCUGAGAGCCUACCCCUUGCACCCUGGGAGGUCUGUUUGGACCUAAUGCAGGUGUCAAUCCUCAUCCCACCUCCUCAGCAUGCAGUUCUGAGGCUGGACUUGGCUUUGUGCUUCCCUUGGCAACCUCACCGUGAUGACAUUUAGGAAUACCCAGGGAGAUCAGUAAGUUAAAAAAAAUACUUGAGACAAUGGCCCAGAUCUUUGCUGUCACUUAAACAGGGAGAUACCCAAAGCAGCAAAAGCAACAGCUGCAUUUGCCAUCUUGGAUCUUACGAUUCACUGGUGGGAAUAAAGCCAAACAAGGAAAUCCUUCCUGCAUAGCACCUGUAAUGAACAUCCAAACCCAAUGAAGUCAUCUGGACCUUGUAUGACCCACCCCUGAGCAGGCCUUUGCACAUAAAAUGGCAAGUAACAGCAUAGCUUUUCCAGAUUGAAAGUCCCUCAAGAGACUCAUCUGGAUCAAUGAUUUAUACCUCAAAUUCAGUAUUACAGAACCACCCUACUCUCUGAUGGUUUGUCUUCUGUUUUGUUUUCCUCAGUUCUGUGCUCUCCUUCAGGGUUUGAUAAGUAGUUUACAAUGUAGCAUCAUAAUAUGUGUCAUCAUCUGAGGAAAAAAAAAAAAAAAAAAACACUUCCUGCUGGUUUGCAGUCUCCAGGAGCAAUAAAAGAGUGAGAAAUGGCCUUGAGCAAGCAGUGUCCCACUGGCAAAAGAAGCAGAUUAACAGGCUUCACUAUAUGGAGAAGGGGUAAAACAACCCUGACAGGAGAGGAUUUCCUUCUUUAACACAUCCCUCAGCAUGGUUUAUGCCUUUCCCUACUAAAUGGUCACCAGAUAGAAAUGAAAGUUUACUGCAAGAAUCCUCAAUUGCUUUAUCCCCUGAAACUCCAUGAUUCCCUCACCAACACAACAUAAACAAAAAAGGAAUGGUGACUAGUACAGCAUGGCCCCAUAAAUCGACAGCAGUUCGUCACUGAAAAUGCAACAGCUGGCUCAUUUACUGAGGCUGCAUUUGAACACUGCAUUUGUCCCCUGACAGACCACAGGAACAGGAUAGUACCUGUCAGCUUUUGAUACCCAGCAGAGACUCAAUCUCUUCAUUUGCCUACAGCUCCCAGCUGUCACCUUUCAAGGGACAAGCAAACAGAAUCACAUCUCACCGUCUGGCUUUAAGUUGCAACAUCAAGUACAAACAACAGGCACUCUCAGCUUAAUUUAAUUAGUUCAUAGGUCCUGAAAAAGCAGCUUCAAUUCUAUUCACAGAAAUGCUUUAAAACACUUAGUUGAUUUCCAAAGUUAGGAUGAUGAAAAUCUCUUGCGUCCUGUAACUAUCCCAACAGUACAAUUCUCGUCUAUAGCCAUAAUGUUAACAUACUAGAUGUGGCUAGCAGGAGAUUCACAAAUGCAUCAUCCCAUCUUCAAGUUAUCACCUUUGAUGCUGGCUUUCUACUCCAAAAUUCCUACAUGCUAGAAAAAGAGAAGAGGUAUUCUCCUUUAACGAGAAUGGGAAAUUAAGGUAUACCCAAGAGGCAUUUAGGUACCUAAAUAUAACAGCAGGGGCAGGAAGAAAACAACAGAAAAAAACUGGUACAGAAGCUAUAUUUAAAUCACAGGGCACAAAAGCCCCACAGCUCACCUUGGGAUCUUUCUCACACAGAUGUGAAAACUGAGCACCCGGUCAAAGCUUCUUUUGUCCUAUUUGCUUUGAUUUUCUUCACAUGGAAGCCAGGAAACAUGAAUAGGUUUGUGUGUUUAGGUCCAGCCCAAGAAGUAGCUGGGACACAGCUACAACCCCCAACCAUAUCCACCACCUAGAAAAUUAGUUUACAUUUUGCUGUUUCCUAAAGAACACCUUGACUUUCUUGUCAUAGCUAGGUGUGGUAUUUCAAGAGGAACGGAGCACACAUUCCCAGGCAAGCUAAGGUCCAAAAGAACGGCAGUCCUCCUUGUAAACGCAGCGGUAUUUUACAGUCUUCCACUAAGGAAGCAGGUGUCCAAGACCUUACAUCUUGUGCAUGGCUCAGCUGCUUCAUCUGGUUGGCUUAAAGUUUCAUUAAUAAGAUAAAAUAAUACACAGAAAAGCGAAGGAAAAUAGUUCCUUAUUUCCAAGUGACUCGGUAGCAACCUUUACAGUGCUAGAUACUGAUGAAUAGUACAGGUAAGGAAUACUCAGCUUAAGGCAUUUCAUCUUUUUUAUUUCCUUUAUCAUUUGCACACACUUGACUUAAAAGCUGGCAAAUAAAGCAAGCAGCUAGUUUUCAAGCAUUUCUUCUGUUUUGUCUUCUAAUUUUAUACUGUUGGUCCUGAGAUACUUUAUAUCCUGUUUUAUGAGUAAUAGGAACUCCUCUUUAAGGAACUUUACAGUUUCAGCUAAGUCAGGUCUCCUAAUCUUUGACUCACAACACCUUUACUAGAACGUGAAGGACAACAGAAAAAGGGAAGGAAUAUCUUCAGGUCACUUAGUGGGGUGUGUGUAAAAGGGUUGAGUGCAUUACUUCAGAAACAAACAUUUCAGUGACAAAAUCCAGGAUAAACUGAGCCUCCGGCAUCAGCCUGGCCAAAGUAUGACUUCAUGCUUGUCUUCAUGGCAAAGAGGGCACAAUUCCGGAGCAGCAGGGCAAAUCAUGUGACUGUCAUCAAGGCACUGGCAAUGUGAGUACCACUGGCACCAACAAAUUAACUUCUCACGUGCAUUAUGUGAUUGCUGUUCCCAGAAAUAGCUUGGAAAAAAGGAAGAGGCUAAGUUACGAAUUAUUUUAUCAGUUGAAGGUCUGUAACCUUAUCUGAAUAUUAUUUAUGCAUUGCUGAAGCAUUCAUCACAAGGACAAAAUGGUGCAGUACCAAUACAGUGGAGACUUUUCUUUUUUAUAGUCAGUGGAAUAUAAAGAAUUUCUGCUAACACCAAGAGAUCUGACUAUACAUUUCACUGGUGAAAAUGCUUUUGGAACAAGGCAAUUCAGCCACUGAUGGCAAAUGUUAAAAAAUAAGGCUAAUCUUGGUCGCAAAGGAAAACUAUCUCUGUGAAGUAGAAAAGGAAGAAAGAAACAACACAACUUUUGACAGCAAAAUAAAGUAUUAUAUUUUACUUCCACUAGCAAAACUCCCUGACCUUACUGAAGUCAGCUGAUUUUAUACAAAACAAGAAGACGAACAACUGAAAUCUCAUCUGAAAAAGCACAUAAGUAUUACUGAUUAAAUAGCUUGUAUUUAACAGGAAAUGUCAUUCCAUUUCCACAGCUGGAAUUCCCAAAAUGUUUUAGAAAAUAAUGUCAGUUGUCACAACAGUCAUUAGUACCAUUCACAUUUAUAGAAACACAUCUUAAAAAAUACAUAAGAAAUUAAAAGUUCUACCAAAGUUUAGUCAUUCCAGUCUUCCUUUAUUUGAGCUCCAGCAUCAGCUUGCAGGUCUUAUCAGGAAACUUUAACAGUGGUCUAAUUAGCUCCUCAUUAGUUAAUAAGACAACACUUGAAUGGUGCUCAUAACAUGCUAUGACACAUUUCUUUUAGGCAAGAUAUCAUCUGACACUUAAGUAAUGGAAUUAAAUGGAAUUUACUGAAGUCAGAACUCAUUCUGCUUCUCAUGUUGUUGUUGAUCCCAUUCCCACUGCAACCAGGUUAGCCUAUUUAAUUCUUUAAGUACAUCAGAUAGGAAGAUGCAUCUUUGCAACACUUUUAGUUCAAACACAGUAAAUGCAGUCAUGUACUACAGAUCCUUAUUUGCAAAGUCAAGGAAAAAGUCAAAAGUUUUGCUGCUGAUUCUUUGUAAAAUUGCUCUGCUUUUGCUUAGACUUCUGAGUUGCACUGUAGCAUGACUUUACUCAAUUGUUUGUAAAAUGAAUUGUGUUCUAAUAUUUCUAUUGUAAAGAAAAUCCCUUUGCUGUAUUCUUUGUGCAUUAAAUAACAAUACAAAACGCAUUUUACCUAAUAAAAUAUUAAAGGAAAAGGAAACAA